AUGAGAAAAAAUCGAUGUGUUCAUUGUCAUUCGAGUAAUGUAUGUCAUAGUCAUGAAAAGUAUCGAUUGGUUACAAAGUAAGUAAUUUUUUUUGGAAUUUGGGAAUUUUUUGCCAAUCUUUGGCCAGAUCUUGGUUUUGUAGACUACAAAUUUCUAGAUCUCGCUUUGAGGCACACUUUUGGAAUUUUUUCUGAAAAUUUUGUUUUCGAAAAACAAUUUUUUUUCAAAAUGUGUUUUAUUGCAGCAUUGCUGAAUCAAAAAAGUCAAUAAUUUAUGCCUGUGUAUUAAAAAAAAAUUUUAAAUUGUUUUCUUGAGUUGGGAAAAAUCCGAAACUCUAAACCUUUUUCUGCAUACGCUGAAAAUUUUCAGAGACAAACUUCACAAAACCCUUUGGCUCAACGACUAUGUUGUCAAUCAUUAUCGACCGCCCAAAAUGACCAAGAAAAUGUGUGCGAAAAGGUGAGACUUUCAAUAAUGAUCCUAAAAUUUCCAGCCAUGGAAGCUUAAAAAAAUCAUGUGCUGAAUUGUUUCCGAAUUUUCUGACAAUCAAAAAACUUUGAAACCGAAGCUCUCAGGCCUAAAAACCUUUCCAGGGAGGAUCAUAGAGAACUAAUCAAAAUGUUUUACAGCAUAUUCCACAUCAACAACGAAACCAUAAACAUCUGGUCUCACUUAAUUGGUUUCAUUUAUUUCACCUAUCAACAAUACGAUAUAAACUAUCGAUUAAUUCCAAGUCUUGGUUCUCACAAAUCCGAUCAUCUCGUUUACUCAUUAUCCCUACUUGGAAUGCAAAUUUGUAUGCUUUUCUCAGCCAGUUAUCACACUUUCGGAUGCAGUAGUAUACAAAUGCGCCAACAAUGGUUGAAGAUGGAUAUUUUUGGAAUUUCCGCCGGACUUUUGGGCAUGUAUUUGGUGGGCAUUUAUACGGCAUUUUUCUGUUUCAAUGAAUAUAUGACGACGUAUAUUUAUGCGUGGUUUGCUAUUUUUAUGGUGACUGCAUAUGUGCCAACGAGACAGGAUUUUUUCGAGAAAAAAGUUGUUGGUAAGUUUGAAUUUCAUAGUUUUUUUAAAUAUCGGAUUUGAGAAAUCAGGCCAGUUGAGGAUUCAAAAAAAAAACAUUUUCCAGGCAGUCGGAUUGGUCUUCUUCACAUAAUUUAUUGUAUAAUCAUUAGUUUCGGUGUUUUACCUUCUAUUCAUUGGGUUAUUUUACACGGUGGAUUCGAAAAUGGACAUGUUAUGGUGAGUUUUUGGGAACCUUAAAAAGUUAUUGAAGAAUUCACCUUUUUACGUUUUUCAGGGGUUUUUCUGAAUUUGAAACAUGUUUUUCUUUUACAAAAACGUUGCUUGUGCUAACUUUUGAAAAAUCACAUGUUUGAAAUCUAUUUUUAAAAAUAGUUUUGCUCAUAUUAGAAAAAAUUAGAGUAAAAUUUUCUCACAGCCAGAAUAUUUCCAGGUUUAAGGUCCCAAAACGAAUAUCACAAAACCCUUAUUUCUUUCAGAAAUGGUUCCCCAACAUAAUAAUCCUCUACGGUCUCAUCGCAACCGCUUUCAUUUUCUACGUCACAAUGAUACCUGAAAGACUGUGCCCCGGUAAAUUCGAUGUAGUUGGUUGUUCACAUCAAUGGUGGCACAUGUUCAUUUUAGCUGCAAUGGUUUAUUGGCAAAGGACUGGAAAUGAUUUAUUAGCUGAAUAUCGAUUAAUUGAUAAUAGUUGUCAUAUUAGUAUUGGCUCAAAUUUCACAUUAUCUUUAUGA